AUGGCAGCCAUGGGUGCGACUCAAACCAUUGCAGCAACUUAUGGCGUCAUUGGUGCGGCGUCCAUCGCAGGCAACGCUACAUUUUGUUUCCUGUUGUAUAACAAACCUUUCCUGUUGAAAAAACCUCACAACAUUCUACUGCUGACUUUAGCAACAGCUGACAUGUUAACAGGUACAAAUAGAAUGAUUUGUUCGAAGUUGCUCUGUGCUUAAAGGUGACAGUCUUUUGAACCAGGAAUGAAAUUCUUACUUCCGAAAAACGUGGCAAAAGGUUAAAAAGAAACAAGACUGUGGGAAAACAAGGGGUACAAAUCAGCUGAACUAAUUUAACUGAGAAGUUAUCUUUUCAAAAGGCGACGUCACUUGUUUCAGUGAUCAGAGUACAUUUACAUGAACUUUAUUUGAGAUAUGUUAAGAAUAACAUCUACGGCAAAUGGCAAAAAUUGAAAUUCUGGUUGUUUUAUUUCAGCUCUUUGCGCUCUAACUAAAAUCAUUCAAAUUUUCUGUGAACGAGAGAUUUUUUUGGCUCUUAAUUUUUUGGCUCACAAUAUCAUUAUAAUAGCAAGCAGACAGGUGUGGAUCAUGAAGAAAAUAUCAAUUCGGGGAUCUUAGUUCAUCCCAUACCAAAUUAUUCAAGCUAACAUCAAAAGAAUUGUAUCGUAGACAAAAGAAUAUUAUGAGAUCUUGGGAGCGAAAGUGUUAAUGGAGCCGUAUGAAUUAAUUAGCGUACAACUAAUAAAGUAAAAGCUAGAAAUUAGGCCUAACAUUUCAUCCUCUUUGGAAUUAGCUACCGAGAACUACAUGCAGACUCACUUAUAUCCUCAAAGCCCCUCAGCGAAAAUAAAUGACUGCUGCAUUCGUGUGGGAAACUCUAAGCAUCCAUAAUGGCUGAUACAUUAUUCUUUUCUUGUUAUCACAAAUCAAUAGACUGUCUUGUUAGAGCGUGGAUUAAAUGCAUCUUCUGAUCACGUAUCGAGGUAUAAUAAUAAAUCUAGGGAAAGUCCUUUAUAAUUAUUGUUCGCUUUUCUUUAACUUGCAGGGGCCACUAUUUUUGCGACACCACUGUUUCGUAUUAUCCGCAUUCCACAUCUCGCCGGGCCAGCGGGCUAUUUCUUCUGCUACUUUUUCGGAAAUAGUUUCCUAGUGUUUUACUUCGGCAAAGUUUCAAUUUUAAUCGUCUUGCUUUUAUCCCUGGAACGAUGGUGUUCGGUUAUAAAACCGUUCAAAUACAAGGUCCUUUUUUCUCGGAAAAGACUUUUACUUUAUAUCUUGUGUAUCAUAGUUUCAAGUGUUUUAAUGCACGCUUUCAAUAUCUUUCGCGUUAAGUUUGAGAACAAUACGUGUGAAACUGUUAAGUUGGGGAAGAAGAGACAACGAGCACUCGUUUUAACCAACGUAACAGUAAUGUUUGUCCUUCCCGCACUUAUAACUUGGGCUUCGUUCAUCCAUAUAAUGUAUCGAAUCAAGAAUACCCCGUCGGUAUCUGGUAUAACACAGCAUCCGCGCCACCAGCAAAAACUGCUGCUGCGCAUGUGUGUUAUCACAGCCGCUGUCUUAACAGGCUGCUGGUUUCCUAGUCAAAUCUGUUUCGUUUUGAUAAACUUUGACAUUACCCAAGUCACGGAUGUUGGGGUAAAAAUUUCAUUAGUGCUGUCUAUAUUCAAUUCCACUGUAAAUCCGUGGAUUUAUUUCCUCAGUAACAAAGAAUACAGGAAAUACUCCUUAUCACUAAGUUUCAUCUGUAAACCGACUGCAACUGUGUCUCCUGAAAGAACUGUGCUAGAAGUUGAGAGUCAUUUGGACCAAGCAAAUCCUCUGAAGAUCGUACAACCCUAA